GCCUUGUGCAUGAUCAACGUACGUUUCGGUGACGGCACGUCCGGUCUCCACAGACACAUUGUGUCAAGAGAUAAAAGAGCAUACCCUCCUCCCAUGAGUAGUGGUAGUGAAUAACGCUGUCCUCUGUUAGUCUCUUCUAGAUUCUUGCUGUGUAGCUGGGUCACAUUUUGUGAUAAUGGCUACCCACGACAACCCAGAGUCCACAGAAGUUACUUCUACUUCCCCGCAAUUGCGGCUUUAUGAAUAUGUUGAGGCAGACGAUGUGUCGUUUAAUGCGGAAGACCUAUCUUAUGAAGCUGAAUGUUCGAGCUACACGACAAGCCUAAGUUCGAGUGUCUUUGCGUACAAGUUUGAGCACGGACGCCGUUAUCACGCGUACAGAGAUGAGAAUUACUAUCUCCCAAAUGAUGAUGAAGAGAAAGGCCGGCUCGAUCUUUUCCAUCAUAUCCUAACUCUCAGUUGCAACAACAAACUCCACCUUGCACCGAUCAGUCCCGAUAUCGAACGGAUUCUGGAUUUAGGAACCGGCACCGGGGUUUGGGCUAUAGACAUGGGGGAUCUGUAUCCUUCAGCAGAGGUUUUGGGCAACGAUCUUAGCCCUAUACAGCCUACUAUGGUGCCCCCUAAUGUGAGAUUCGAAGUGGAUGAUGUAGAGAACAACUGGGUUUACCGCUCAGAGUUCGACUAUAUACAUGCUCGCUAUUUUGCUGGAGCGAUUAAAGACUGGCCAAAUCUACUACGCCAAGCAUUCAAGUUUACUAAGCCAGGAGGCUGGGUGGAGUUUCAAGACUUCGAAAUGCAAUUCUACACGACUAACGGGGAGUUCAAGACCGGCUGUCCAUUAGAUAAGUGGUGUACUGAAAGCAUUGAAGGCCUGAGGUCUGUUGGACUGGAACCUUCUCCCGGCCCCAAAUUACAACAGUGGUUCAAGGAUGCCGGAUUUACCAAUGUACAACAGAAGGUCGUGCCCGUGCCGGUUGGUGUCUGGCCAAGGGACAAAAGACUGAAAACCGUAGGAGCGCUUAAUUACCAUCAAUUCAAUGACGGACUGGAUGGCAUGUCGCUACGAAUAUUCACAGCUAUGAAGGGCUGGAAACCAGAAGAGCUACGGGAAUUUCUGGCUGAUGUGAGGAAGGAUCUCAAAAAUCCUCGACUACAGGCGCAGCAUAAUUUUUAUGUGGUAUAUGGGCAGAAGCCAGAAUGAUUUUGCCAACAUCGUCUUCAUCUGAAAGACUGAGUGGACAGACGUACGGAGCUGCGCCAGUGUACUUUUUGUUAAAGUUCCCCAGGUUCAUGUGUUGUGAGGUCUUUGCAGAGCAAGAACACCACAGAUAUUAGUGACUUUCUAAUAUUCUAGAUGCAAG